GAAUAUUCAACAUCACAUUGUGCUUGUCGUUUGUUUAGUAUUAGAUCCAAGAAAGAACAUUAAUGGAUCCAAGAUUUUGGGAUUUUUAGUGCUCAAGAAUUAAAACUUGUAUAUUUUGAUUGGGUUGUUUGAGACUGUUUCAUCUUUCAAUGAGGCGCAGUGAAGACUCAUCAUUGACUGUACUGAGUUGGGCAUUCAUUUUUCUGGGUGCCUGCCAUUGUUUGAAAGAUGCAGAUCAAGAGCUUGAUAGGGUAAUGCAUUUGCCCGGGCAGCCGCGAAAUGUCGAUUUCAAGCACUACUCUGGCUAUGUGACUGUGAAUCAGACUGCCGGGCGGGCACUGUUUUACUGGCUCACUGAGUCACCAGCGAGUCGAAAGCCUGAGAAAAGGCCACUCAUUUUGUGGCUCAAUGGAGGGCCUGGCUGCUCUUCCAUUGCCUUUGGUGCUGCUGAAGAGAUUGGGCCAUUUCAAAUCAAACCUGAUGGGAAAACUCUUUAUCUCAAUCCUUAUUCUUGGAACAAGUUGGCAAAUUUGCUGUUUCUUGAAUCUCCAGCUGGUGUGGGUUUCUCGUACUCAAAUACGACCUCGGAUUUGUCUACCAUGGGUGAUCAAACCACGGCUGAAGACACAUACACAUUUCUUCUCAAGUGGUUUGAGAGGUUCCCUCAAUACAAAUAUAGAGAUUUCUACAUUGCUGGGGAAAGUUAUGCAGGGCAUUUUGUUCCACAGCUAUCUCAAAUCGUCUAUGAAAGAAACAAGGGAAUCAAGAACCCAGUUAUUGCUCUCAAGGGAUUCUUGGUGGGAAAUGCAGUAACGGAUGAUUACCAUGACUAUAUUGGCACAUUUGAAUAUUGGUGGACACACGGUUUAAUUUCAGAUUCUACAUACAAGCAUCUUGGUGAAGUUUGUGAUUUGGAAUCAUCUACUCACCCUCGAAGUGCAUGCCUCAAAGCUCUUAGUAUCGCCCAAAAUGAGCAGGGAAAUAUUGAUCCUUAUAGCAUAUACACUUCGCCAUGCAAUAACACGUCAUCCCUUAAGCGAAACUUGAGGGGUCAUUAUCCAUGGAUGUCCAGAGCAUUUGACCCAUGUACCGCGAGGCAUUCUGAAGUUUACUUUAACAUACCAGAAGUGCAAAAGGCCUUUCAUGCCAACGUAACUCGCAUCUCCUAUCCAUGGACUACAUGCAGCGAUACGGUUAUUAAUGCCUGGGGAGACUCGCCUAAAUCAAUGCUUCCUAUUUAUAGAGAGUUGAUAGCUGCUGGUCUCAAGAUAUGGGUAUUCAGUGGGGAUACAGAUUCUGUGGUUCCAUUUACAGCCACCCGAUACUCCAUUGAUGCGUUGAAGCUUCCAACCAUUAUCAACUGGUACCCUUGGUACGACAAUGGCAAGGUCGGGGGAUGGAGCCAAAUAUAUAAGGGGUUGACAUUGGUGACUGUAACCGGGGCAGGGCAUGAGGUGCCGUUAUAUCGCCCGCGACAAGCUUUCAUUCUUUUAAGGUCAUAUCUGGACAACAAACCUAUGCCCAACUCAUGAAAAGCCUACAUUCAUGGUUCAUCAUUCCUCAUAAGCAUCCAAAGCCAAAGAGCUCAUAUUAUCAUUCAAGUAAAGAAAGAAAAAUAUUCCCACUUGGAAAUCAGUGGAAACCUAAAGGGGAAUAAAUGAAUCAAACUGAUCAAU